GCCAGUGAGCCGCGGCGGGCACACCCAGGAACCGCGGUGACUGCGGACAGGUUAGAGUGGGGGCAGGGGCGGGAGCGGGAGCAGCCCAAGGCCAGAGAGGGAGCCCGAGACAGGCCAUCGCCAACCAUGUCCGACGAGGCGUCGGCCAUCACUUCGUAUGAGAAGUUUCUAACCCCAGAGGAACCCUUUCCGCUCCUGGGACCUCCUCGCGGGGUGGGCACCUGCCCGAGCGAGGAACCGGGCUGCCUGGACAUCAGCGACUUCGGCUGCCAGCUGUCUUCCUGCCACCGCACCGACCCGCUCCACCGCUUCCACACCAACAGGUGGAAUCUAACUUCUUGUGGAACAAGUGUUGCCAGCUCAGAAUGCAGUGAGGAGCUGUUCUCAUCUGUUUCUGUUGGAGAUCAAGAUGAUUGCUAUUCCCUGUUAGAUGAUCAAGACUUCACUUCUUUUGAUUUAUUCCCUGAGGGGAGUGUCUGCAGUGAUGUCUCUUCUUCUAUUAGUACUUACUGGGAUUGGUCAGAUAGCGAGUUUGAAUGGCAGUUACCAGGCAGUGACAUUGCCAGUGGGAGUGAUGUACUUUCUGACGUCAUACCCAGUAUUCCAAGUUCACCUUGCUUGCUUCCUAAAAAGAAAAACAAGCACCGGAAUUUAGAUGAACUUCCUUGGAGUGCAAUGACAAAUGAUGAGCAGGUGGAAUAUAUUGAGUAUCUGAGUCGCAAAGUGAGUACUGAGAUGGGUCUUCGGGAGCAACUUGAUAUCAUUAAAAUCAUUGAUCCUUCUGCUCAAAUAUCCCCUACAGACAGUGAGUUUAUUAUUGAACUUAACUGUCUCACAGAUGAAAAACUGAAACAGGUCAGAAAUUAUAUCAAGGAGCAUAACCCUCGCCAACGGCCUGCAAGAGAGGCCUGGAAGAGAAGCAACUUUAGUUGUGCAAGCACCAGUGGAGUGAGCGGUGCCAGUGCCAGCGCCGGCAGCAGCAGUGCCAGCAUGGUCAGUUCUGCAAGCAGCAGUGGGUCCAGUGUUGGAAACUCUGCUUCAAACUCCAGUGCCAACAUGAGUCGAGCACACAGUGACAGCAACCUAUCUGCAAGUGCAGCAGAGCGGAUUCGGGAUUCAAAAAAGCGAUCCAAGCAGCGAAAGUUACAGCAGAAGGCCUUCCGCAAGAGACAACUGAAAGAGCAGAGGCAGGCACGGAAGGAGAGGCUCAGUGGGCUCUUCCUUAAUGAAGAAGUGCUGUCCUUGAAAGUGACUGAGGAAGACCACGAAGCAGAUGUUGAUGUUUUGAUGUAAUAAGGGUGAAUUUAUUAGCGUUCUUUGUAAGCAUUAUUCUAUCCUGAUUGGUUUACAUGCAUCUUGACCAAAAUUUUGGUUAGGGCUGUGUUGAUGUACCUUUAAUAAUUUAGGCCUGUGGUUCUCAGUGUGUGGUCCUGGGACCCGCAACUUCAGCAUCACCUGAGAAGUUGUUAGGAGUGCAUAAUAUUGGGCCCCACCCCCAGACCUAGUGAAUCAGAAACCCAGGGUGUGGGGCCCAGCAUUGUUUCUUAACAAGUGGCAGGUUAUUCUGAGCCACAUUAUGGUGUAGGAACCACUGGUUUGGGUAAAUGUUUUCACUAUAUAAACUUUAUGGUGGUGAAGUGGGCUUUUUCAAAGACUAGUACUUUUAUAGUUUCAAAGAUUUCAAGGUACUGCUGACAAAUAGUUUAUUAUGUCAGUAUACCUUCAGGUGUAGAGAUCAUAAUUCAAUUCCCUUCUUAAUGUUACAAUUUCUUAGUUUUCUUUUUCUAACAGGCCAUAACAUAAUUCUCGGUUUCUGGUGGAGAUCUUUUUUGAGGUGUGGGGGUAGGUAAGGUAUAGAUUGCUAUUUACAAUAGUGCCUUCAUUAAGUUUAGUUCUGUUUUUAUUCAUCAUUAAUUCAAAGGUAUAAGAACAGGCCCUAAAUUUUUUCCUGUUAGAUUUGUUUCUCAGUUAUGUAAAUUCAGAAUCCCUUCUGUAAGUGAUGACUACUAAGAAAAUGUUACUAGUAGGCAAAUUUUAGACUUGAUGCUAUGUUGAUUAAUAUUCAAAUGGAGAAAAUAAUUAGGAACAACAACCAAUUUUACUUUUGCAUUGCCUUCUGAAACUUGAGGCUGUAAAAUUGUCUCUGGCAGAAAAUCAGUCUCUGUCUCUCUCAAGUUCUUAUUCUAGGUCAUUUUUUUUUCCAGCACAGCUCUAAUUUUUAAAUAUUUGGUAUAACAGUUUCUGUCAUGUGACCUGGCUUAUGGUCAAAAUUAACUGAUGAAAACCCUUACAGUUCUGCUAAACUUCUCUGUAAAUUGCUAGAAAUAAACAGAGCAGUGAGAUAUAGAAAACACUUUAGCUUGUUGGUUAUUAAUAGGACUCUUAAUUUUAAAUGUGAACUCAGAAUUUCUUUAAAUGUUCUCAUAGUGAGUUUGUUAUCAUGAAUUCUAGAAAUAGCCUGAUUCCUUUUCUUCUACCACAUGUCUUGGACAUUUCACAUGGGUUAAAGAAGAUGGAAACUGAUAAUACUGACAAUCAAGCUGCUUUCUGACUUUCAUAAUUUUCUUUUUAUUGUGGAUAACAUUUGGGAGGUGACCAUGAUUCUGUAGGAAGCACUGUAAUCAAUAUUUGUUAAACUCUAGAAUCCGGAGGUUAAUAGAAUUUCUACCUUUAAAAAAAUGUGUUAUAUCAGGUAGCUCAUUAAGAAGAUUAGUGACUUAAAUUCUUAAUUCUCAGUUGAUAUAAAGGCUUAAGCUUUGCUUACAAUCAUGUGUUUUAAAUUUUUUAUUUCAUUUUGGUUCCUUGAAGGUUAAAGAAUUGAAACUGAGGAUAAAAAUAAUAUGUUGCAGCUUUGCUGAGGUCGGUGACAUGAUUUUAACCUUUUAGAGACUACUAAAGUCAUAAUUUAAGAUUUUACUGAAAUAGAAGCAUGUAUGUUCUGUGGUAUUCAA